CUUCACUCUUAUAUAAAAACUCUCGUCUUCACAAAUCUCACAUCUCUUCUGCAGCCGAUUCUUCUAUUAGCCGCCAUGGUGAAGUACUCGCAAGAACCCGACAAUCAGACCAAGUCUUGCAAGGCUAGAGGAUCCGAUCUUAGGGUUCACUUCAAGAAUACUAGGGAAACAGCGCACGCAAUCAGGAAGCUACCAUUGAUCAAGGCGAAGAGGUACCUUGAGGAUGUGAUAGCUCACAAGCAAGCAAUUCCCUUCACACGUUUCUGCAGAGGUGUUGGGAGAACUGCUCAAGCUAAGAACAGGCACUCUAAUGGUCAAGGACGUUGGCCAGCCAAGUCUGCUCAGUUUGUUCUUGAUUUGCUCAAGAACGCUGAGAGCAAUGCUGAGGUGAAAGGUUUGGAUGUUGAUGCCCUCUUCAUAUCACACAUCCAAGUGAACCAGGCCGCAAAGCAAAGGAGAAGGACUUACCGUGCUCACGGAAGAAUCAACCCUUACAUGUCCAACCCAUGCCACAUUGAGUUGAUUUUGUCAGAGAAGGAAGAGCCUGUCAAAAAAGAGCCGGAGACUCAGUUGGCUGCCAAGUCCAAGAAAUCAGCAGCUUAAGCUUUCUUUCUUUAUUUUCAUGUCCCUUGUGUUCUUGAACGAGAUUUUGUUCUCUUUUUUCUUUAGCUCGAAUCGUUUUGUAAGACAAUGGAUAGAUUUAUCUUGGAAAUUUUCGUUCUAUGACUUAUGAAAUCAGUGAUCAUGGUUCUGCAAGUUUUGGUUAGUUCGAUAGUUCGAUUAGUCAAUAAUUCAGACAAACAAAAGAGCUGAGAACUUAAAAAGAUCUGUAC